CUGGGAAAUGUAGUCCUCCGAGCCUGGAGAAAACUUCCGUAUCUCCAGCUGGGGAUCUGCCAUGGCCGAUCAGGCAGCCGUGGACCAAGACCCCGCCGCCCCCGCGGUGUCGAUCCGGCCCUCCCGAGCCGAGGACUGCGCGGAGAUCAUGCGCAUGAUCCGGGAACUUGCAGAGUUUGAGAAAAUGCCUGAUCAGGUAGCAAACAGCAGUCAAGGACUUUACGAGGACGGCUUCUGCCAGGACCCCUUCUAUAAAUGUGUGGUGGCCGAGGUCCCCCCGAAACAUCAGAGCAAAGACGGCCACACCGUCGUGGGGUUUGGCCUGUAUUUUUUCACGUACAGCACCUGGAAAGGCAGAAACAUCUACAUGGAAGACCUCUACGUCAUGCCAGAGUUUCGGGGGAGAGGCAUUGGGAAGAAGCUGAUGAGUGCCAUUGCCCAGAUCGGCGUGGAGAAAGGAUGCACCCAGAUGAAGUUCUCCGCUCUGGACUGGAACCAAAAGGCCAUCGACUUAUACCUUGGCAACGGCGCCGUGGACCUGACUGCCACUGAGGGCUGGCACGUCUUCCGCUUCGAAGAAGACGCCAUGCGGCAGCUGGCAGAGGGGGCAGCCAACAAAUGAGGCGUGGGCAGAGAUUUCGGAACAGCAGGACUGUCAUCCCUCGGAGAACCCAGGAAUCCAGGUUCCUUUAUGUUGGUACUAAAGGGUUAAGAGGUAACAAGUCGCUCUAAUCACUGAGCAGCUGGAAGUCAUUAAGCAUCCAGGAAUGUGAGUUAGUUUGUAUAAAUAGUCAGUUCACCAGUGUGUUUGUUGCCAUGGGCGUGUUUGCUGAUAUGAGUUAAGUUUAGAGUAAAGUUUUCUUUAUGCCGGAGAUAAAAGCAUGUGUGCUUUAUCGCCAGGGUUUUUUUUCUUUUGUAAAUAAAGUUUUUUCCUGAGUUCCAAA